AUGGCGGGCGCCGGGGCGUUUUUCCGACGGCUCGUUGCGCUGAGCGGGGCUGCGGCCGUCGGGGCGGCCGCCUACGGGGCUCACGAUUUCCGUCACAGCGACCGAGAUGACGACUUGAAAGAGCUCUACGAGAUGGCCAACAAAUACCACUUCCUCCACAGCCUGGCCCUCCUGGCUGUGCCCCACUGCCGCUAUCCCAUGAUGGCCGGCAGCAUCCUGUCUCUGGGCAUGGGGAUGUUCUCUGGCGCCCUGUAUUACCACGCCGUGACAGGGGACCCGAUCCUGACCAAGGCAGCCCCGUAUGGUGGUUCCCUCCUCAUCCUCGGCUGGAUCGCCAUGGCCCCUUGACACCCCGUUCUGUCCCCAUGUGGCCCCCAUCUCCCAACGCCAGGGCAGCCAGCCCUGCCCCUCCCUCCUCCCCUAGGCUAGCCAGAAGGGAGCCCUAGGAGAGGAGAGAUUUCCAAAUGUCAGAGUGGGAUCCCUUGAGGUCUUUAGCCCGCCCCAAAUGCGUCUCUAUCCUGCAUCUUGGAGUUCUCCGAAUGCCGAAUCCCUUUUAAAAAAGCCAAGAUCCUUCCCCCCCCCCCCCCAAAAAAAAUUGCAACCAGAUUUGAGUUUGCGAUGGAGGCCUCGAAAUGCAAUGUCUGAUCAGUGCUUUUCAAUUGCUGUUUUUUAACUUAAUAAAUGAUGAGAGUGAUUU